UACAUCUAUUUCCGGCCUCUCAAUCCACGAUGCGGGGAAGUAUCCUAGUAACCAGACACAGUGGAUAAAGCUAGAAGUUAGCACGGAGACAUAAUGUGGAUGCAGCCAGGGAUACACAGCUAAUAAAUAAUAUCAAGGAUAUAGAUUACAAGUUUGUACGCUUACGGAAUUACAUCUAUCUACACGGAAAAUAAGAACGUUUUAUAUAUAAAGUAAGUUAUGGAGUUGGGAGUCGAGAUCUCAUUUCUUAAUAUACAUACGGCCGACUUCAGGGUAUCGGACCGGAUCGGUAUACCAUUUUCCCUUCAGAAAAUUUGAGGGGAAUAUCUUUCUUCAAGAAGUUAUUAUAUCUGAAGAAUGAAAGUACCGUAAUAAUAACUUGCGCGGAACGGGUGCGUGUUUAGUACAGAGUACCCCUAAAUGAAUGAACAGAGAUCAAGGAUCUUUUGUUCGUCGAGAGCUAAGAGUUAAGAGCUAGAGCUACUCCGAAUUUCGUAUAGAGUUUGUAGAUUCAAUAAUACAUAGAUAGAUAGAUGCAUGUAUUUUUAAGUUUACCUUGGUACUCUGAGUAUUACCAAUUUGAGAUAGAUGAACGGCUGAUAAACGGGUGAUGAGAUGAACGGGGAUGCAAGGUAAAGAAAGGUAAGGUAUACAGAGUGCGUAAGGUCAGGAAGAUAUGGUGAAAUAACCCAUGUUGAUCUAAUGUACGGAGUACAUAUCAAGAUAUAUAAAACCCAUCUCUUUGCACCAAAUCCCAUCAUCCUCAUCAUCCAUCCUCAUCCUCCAUUCACAUCCCCAACUCAAACCCCAAACCGCAAAAAUGGUCUCAACCAAAACCCUCCUCCUAGCAGCCUCAACCAUCGCCUCGGUAUUUUCGGCCCCUGCACCCGUGAGCCCAAACCUCAACGUCCUCGAAAGAAGAUUAACUUCUUCCGCUACCGGUACCAGUGGAGGAUACUAUUAUUCCUUCUGGACUGACGGAAGUGGCGGCGUCACAUAUGCCAAUGGAGCCAAAGGAAACUAUGCCGUGAGUUGGACGGGAGAUAAGGGCAAUUUUGUAGGAGGAAAGGGAUGGUCUGUUGGAGCUGCACGGUAUGAUAUAUUCCAUUUUCCAUUUUUCAUCAAUCACAUAAACCCUCAAAUACACCUCCAAACCAAAACGCAAGCACUAACAAAGCCCCCCCACAACCAGCUCAAUAACCUACACCGCAACCUACAAACCCUCCGGCAACUCUUACCUCUCCGUCUACGGCUGGACCACUAGCCCCCUGAUAGAAUACUACAUAGUCGAAGACUUCGGAACCUACGACCCCAGCUCCGCCGCCAAAGAAAUCGGCAGCGUAACCACCGACGGCUCAACCUACAAGAUUCUCGAAACGACUCGCACGAACCAGCCUUCGGUACAAGGCACUGCGACCUUCAAACAGUAUUGGAGUGUUCGGGCUAAUAAGAGGACCAGCGGGACGGUCACGACGGCGAAUCAUUUUGCCGCAUGGAAGAAGCUGGGAUUGCAGUUGGGAAGUACUUAUAAUUAUCAGAUUGUGGCUGUUGAGGGCUAUAAGAGUAGUGGAUCGGCUAGCGUGACAGUUUCUUAGGUGUGGGGUGGGAGUUUAGGGUUUGUGGAUGUUCUUGUGUAUCUUGCAAGUAGAGGAGGGAAGGCUCUGACCGCGUAGUAGAGAAGAUAAGAGCAGAUUUUCGUCUUGUACAUAUUUUAAGGAUUCCGGUCUUUGCCGAUCCGAUAUUGUCAACUAUAUGGACAUAUAUACUAUACCGAUCAAGAAUAUCCCAAUAUAAACUGUGUGACCAUGAUAUAUAUUUAUUUCAUUAUUUCAUACAAGUACAUUUGUAUUCAUCCAUCUCAUCAAGUCAUCCCAAUCUAUCCCAUCAAUCAUCAGUCAAUUGAUCUAUCCCUCUCACGUUCAAUUCCUUUAUUCCUGGGUAUAUUAUCCUUCAUCCUUCGUCCUUGAUGCCAUUUCAUUUCAUCCAACUUGAAUUAUCCCAGCAUCCCCAUCUCCACCCCAACCCAAACACGUCCUUCCAUCUAAAGCAAAAUUCGCAUACCACGCCAACAGGGUAUAAGGAGUCCCGUUUUCUUCAAGCUCCAGAAAAAACGCCACGCCAAAUUGUCAUUCAUUUCUCGUUCCCCUUUGCUAUUAAGGUCACGAGCCCUGAAUCGCAAAUGCUCAUAUGCAAUGUUUCCAUAACGCCCCCAGAUGCAAUUUUUCCAUCGAAUUCGUUCUCGUUUUUUCAUAUCCCCAUAAUUCCAUCCAAAUGCUACAUUCCAUCUUACAAUCGUUGAUCAUUCCACCUCAGUC